AUGUCGGAACGAGAAGGACGAGACGCACAUAUUGUGGCACCAACUCUACUUGUCACCGUCCCGGCAGAAGGAAUAGCAAACAUUGACACCAAGUCGACGCUGGCGGGAAGAAGGAGGAGCAAGACUGAGAGCUCAGCGCUCAGUGAGCCGGGCCGGGCAUCCGCAAAUGAGUGGAUUGAUGUAGACCACAAGGAWCCUGCACGACACAGGAGGAGUUCCAAACGACGAGCCACUGCUUCAUCUGGUAGUCAAAAGAGCCGGGCCGUGGAAUUCGACCUGGGCCGGUUCUUACCCAGACUUGGUAGGAUAUUAGAGACGACGGACGGCACCUCCGCCUCGAGGCCCCAUAUAAAGGCUGGAAAUACUCGACAGAAGCACGAGGAGGGUAGUCGUAAGACAGCUCGACAUAGAAUCGAGCAGGGUGACCCUCACCGCCGUUCCGUAAAGCACCGAGUUGGAGGCCAAUCGAGACAGAACCAAACCAACCUAAAGAUCAAUCCUUCCUUGCUGUCCGUGAUCUCUGGCCUGACCGGCAUUUCAGACAGUAGCAGUAAUACCACCAUCACGCAGCAGUCUUACAACAGUCGAGGCGGCAGCACACCCGAGUCCAACGGAGUCCAUCGUCGCUCAGACUCCGCUCUCAGUAUCUCCRGCUCGCAUACACCCGACGUUUUCGCGUUCAUGGAACCUGCUUUAGUCGAAGAGGAUGGGCAUGGUGGAAGCUCAAGGAGCUCGUCGCCGAGCUCGUCUCGUUACUCGCCGUCAGAAGCUGGGUCGAGUGAGGCACCGCAAACACCAUCUUCCAACUCGACAUUCCCAUCACCGACAGCAACAAGAAGUGGAAGCUUGACCGGUAGUGUGAAGGAACUUCGUCUGAAAUACGAUGCACAAUUCACUUCACCGGUCAGUUCCCCGAUGAACAGCCGCCAUGGGUCGGAAUCUGGAGCUGAKAGUCUGAAUGGCCAGCGUCUGGGUGCCAAGGCUACAAUCCAUAAACGGGCGCAUCGCAAUGCCGCAUCAGUUCAUUCGGAGGGCAGUCACGAUGCACGAAGCGACCGUGUAGCUUCCACCGAUGAACAACAGCGGCUUCCUUCUGUCUCUCAGCCGCCUCCUCAUCAUGCUCAGCCGAUAUAUGGUGGUCAGCAUCGAUCCCAUUCGACGUCAUCUGCCGACUCUGCAGGAUCCAACGACGCAUAUGCACAAUACAUGGCGAUGCAACAAUAUCAACAACCCUCAGCUCCAGUGCCUGCCUCCCAUUUUGCGCCACGGCAGGAUUCACACGGCCCAGUCGGGCAUGCAGAUCGCCCACCAGUGCCUGACGCUCCUGAUGUAAGCCAGAAAACACUUGUCGGUUAUGAGAUGCUUGCCGAAGAGCUUGCAAGCGUCGAGUCGCCGGUCAAGCCGGCAUAUCGCAAAUUUGAGUAUCUCAAUCACCGCAUACUCCUGCAUCUUCAGGAUGAGCUUUGUGAGAUGGAAGAACAACUGCGCACCAUGGAUGAAAUUAUCGCACAGAUUGCAACGCCAGCUGAGGGGGCCAAACGCUCACCUGCGUCUCGUCGUCGAGAUGCUUUCAAUGGCUCGGAGAUGCAUCACCGGCGGACUGCACUGCUUGGCCGCAUCUUUCUCAAGACAGAGCAGUACAAUCGUGCGCUGUCAUCAUUCGCGGCAUUGACCAAAGAAUGCAGGCCGGCAGAGCUGGAGCAGGUCGCUGCUUACCGCGAUUGGAUGGCGGAGAAGGCUCCCAUCCACGACGUUGAAGUGAAGUUCUUGCAGAAGCAGCAAGAUCUUGUGCAACUCGCGGUCGCCACGUCAUCUCAGCCGCACCAAGAUGCAUCAUCUCAAUCAAAUUCCUCCAAGCAUGCGGCUGCAUUGUCUUGUCUACCGGUUGCCUUGAUGCUACCCCUGCUACUUUACUCCAUCAUACCAACGCUUGCCGGCCGGUUAAUCAUAACGAUGCUGAUAGGCAUCAGUGUCUUUCUUGUUGUUGCUACCACACACAUUCGGCACAUGAUGCCCUUGAACGAGUGGGCCGUCUGCGGUGGUGCAUAUGUCUUGAUCAUGGCUACCAUCGCGGGUUGCGUGCCUCAACAUGCGGCGUAA